ACACGAAAUUCUGUUGGGUUUUGGAGAAGAAAAGUACAUAAAUAUGGCAGUCUGUGGUCUUCAAAAGAUAUUAGGGGAAUUCUCUGUGGUUGUUUUAAUCCUUGGACUAUUGUUAGGGAACGUUUCUGCUUUAUAUAAUGAUAAUUCGGAGCCAGACACUCACAUUGCGAGUAUAAACGUUACUGUGUGUAAACUAGAUGGCUCUAGUUGCAUUUCACACAUCAGAGAAGCAACAUAUGGUUCUAGCAGUUCUCACAGAAAAGUCGAAGGAUAUUUAGUACAUGCUAGUACAAAAAACGGUUGUCAGAAAUUUGAUUUCCCGGUGAAGAAGAGUCCUUGGAUUGCUUUGAUACAACGGGGUAGUUGUUAUUUUACAUCGAAGAUUCAAAACGCCGAGAACCACAAUGCGAGCGGUGUCGUUAUAUACAGCGAUAAGCCAGGCCCUGAUUUUAAAAUGGAACAUCAAAAUAACCCCGAUCUCGUCGCUGUUAGCAUUUCUUAUGACUUUGGGAAUAAAAUCACAUCAGAAAUCGAUAAUUCUAGUGUGUAUGUGAAGAUUUCUUUCGACAGAACGAUCGAAGGUCGUAAAAUUAAUACAAUCUCUGUGUUGUUUGUGUCGGUAUCGUUCAUCGUUCUCAUGGUCAUCUCAUUGGCUUGGCUUGUCUUUUACUAUGUUCAGAGAUUCCGAUUUUUGUAUGCCAGAGAUAAAACAGAGGUAAGGAAGUAUCGUGUGUUAAACCAAACAAAAGCAAAUGUGUUUUAGUAUGAAGAAAUAUGGCUUUUCAGCGUUUAAUAAAUGAUCUAUUGUAUUCUGUACAAGAAUUAAUGUGUUGCCAUGAGUAUUGUUUAUAGUUUCAAGUUAUUUGAGUAGAAAGCCAGGGAUAUGUUGUGGAAUCCAUAUACAUUGAAAAGUAAAACAAUUUAUAGUAAUAGCUUGUUUUUUUUAUUUAUAUGUUGUAUGUUUCGCAUAUUUGUGAAUGCUUGACUGCUUUGAUGACUAUUAUAGAAGUUACUCGACUCAUAACUGCGGGGGGAUCUUCUCUUUCUAGCUUUAUAUCCUCGCUUUUCUUACUCGAACUUAUGGUUAAAAUUAGUCGAUAGAUACUAUCUAGUGAUAUGUGGCCAUAAACUUAAAUGCUGCUGUUUCAAGAUGAUUUUCUAUUUUUCUUUCGACAUCGAAAAUGGUUCUACUGUGAUUUUUAAUCGUAUUAUACUUAUAUAUCAUUAUAUUAUGAAAAUGUUCUUUCAAAGUCACCUUCAAAUAUUUGAAAAUUGCAGUCCAGACAGCCUACGUGUUUAGUUACACGGAAUUUUGAGCAUCUUAGUUCAGCAGAACAGACAGUGGACUUUGCCUGGAUGGCCAAAAUUGGCCCCGUUCGGUCUUACAUUUAUUUAGGUUUUUGCUUGAUAGUUCCUUCCACUAUAAAACAGUGGAAUAUGUGAUGCUUUGUGAUCUUGUGAUGCUUGCUUUUAAUUGAUUAAGAAUGUAUCAAUUUACACAUUUCCUGUGUUCUCACCACUAAUGGAUCAUUCUUAUUUUCCCCUUGGGGAUAUUACUGUGUAUUUAACAAUUAUUCAUUGAAGUAAGGUGAAUAUCCUUGCACUAUUGAGGAAUGAGGUGAAUAAUUGUUUCGCUAUAUACCAUAACAAAAUAAAAAUGACCAAAAAUAACAAAACCAUAUUUACAAGCUAUUUCUAAUUUGUACUAUUUACAACAUGAGCGGCCGUGUUGUAUCGGAUAUACAAACUCGAGCCAAAGGCGAGAGUUUGUAUAUCCGAUACAACACGGACGUGAAUGUUGUAAAUGACUUAAAAAACGACUCAUCUUAUGAGUUCAUUGCCGAAGUAAUUUUAAAAAUAAAUGUUGUCUAAGCCGAAAAAAUCAAAGUUAAAGUUUAUGUAAAUCAACAUGAAUCUGUAUCACAUAUACAGAUACGACACGCUUAUGAUUUUUCUUUGUGUUUUCUUCAUGAAUUAUUAAUGAGUUUUUUAAUAUUAAUUAGAAAUAGCUUUAAACCUCUACACACUGUUUGUAACCAGAAUGAAAUGGGAAGACAUUUUGUUUUGGUCUGGAGGUGAAUACUGCAAGGUAUCCAGAGUUGAGCGACCAAUCAAAUUGCACAAAAAGCAUUUUUAUAUAUCAAUAGUCAAAGUCGCAUUUUUCUAGUGUUUUAUUGGUUGAGAGCAUAUCACGUGAGAGUGACGAAAUUAGGCUGUCUCCCGCGCAAAAGCGCGAGAGGGAGAUAAUACGUUAUCGACCGGCGAAUAACAAAAAAAUCAUGUGCGCCAUCACAUGAAGAUGCGACCUUUGGACAUGCCUAGUACGUAAUUAAAACUUUCGCUUUAAGUAACUGCAGUGUAGCCAGUGUUUAAUAUCACGUUUUAACAAUAAAAUAUUUCAUGUAUUUACGUUCAUUUGUUCUUUAAUUUGUUGUUUCUUUGACUAUUGAUAUAUAAUAAAACACGUAUUUACUGAGACCUCGGGAAAGCAGUUUGUUUUGUGGACCCGAGACCGUCGAUGUUUGGAAACAUCGACGGUCUCGGGUCCACAAAACACACUGUUUCCCUCGGUCUCAGUAAAUAAGUGAUAAUUAUCCACCUGGCGAGUGUGUGUUAAUUUAUGCUUAUAAUCUUAUAACUUAUUGUGGGACAUUUUAUCACCAUCCAAUUAAAAUACGGGGUGAUGCCAACAUGUUGAUUAGGAUGGCAAAAAGAGCAAAUACAAUGUAAAACCCAGUGUUAGUGCAAGAGAAUAAUCUUUAAAUUUAAUCAAGGGUGGGUAGAAGUAGUUGUAGUUCGCUACUGUAGCAAACUACAAUUUUCAAGUAGCCAGUAGUUUUGGACUACUUUUUUAAAACAGUGACUGUAGUUAUAGCGAACUACAUUUUGGUAAAUGUAGCCAAGUAGUUGACUACUUUUCAAGCAGCGAAUCGCUAUUCGCUACUUCUAAAAAAUUUUUCUGUGUAACUAGUGUAGUGUACUCAGGUGAAUAUGAUGCGUGUGAUGUUACUCUGAGUGCAUUAGAUUACAUUAAUAUUGAAGGAACUAGAUUCAGUUUCCAAAAUAUCACAUACUCAAACCGACCUGACCACAUAGCUCAGUUGGGAGAGCAUUGGGCUAGUAUUCCAAAGGUUGUAGGUUCAAUUCCCACCGUGGCCAGGCAUAUUUUUCAAGCUUGCCCGGUGUGGAUAUACACUCAGAGUAACAUCACAAGCAUCAACUUCUAAAAUUGUUAGCAACUUGAUAGAAUAGAAUCAUAUUAAGACACGAUUAAUUGCUUAAAAUCAGUACUCAAUAGUCAAUUUGCACAAAUAAAAUGUGCCGUGCAACUAUACAAGUGCCAUCACAUUUACUCGUAAGUUGAUUUGUUCUAGGUUACAUUACAGCCUGAGCUAGUAGAUGCUCCAAAUACAGUAAAACUAAAAAUAUAGCGUAGUGAAAUAGCGAAAUAGUUUGCUACAUUUUUAAGCAGUAGCUGUAGUCAGUAGCAAACUACCUUUGUUCAAAAGUAGCAGUGGUUGUAGCUGACUACAUAUUUUUGAAGUAGCUGUAGUUAUAGCGAACUACAAAAAUUUUGUAGUCAACCCACCCUUGAAUUUAAUGUUGUGGGAUGUUGAACCAGGAUCUUGGCUAGAUGGCUGUGUUGACAGUGUUACCUUGGCCAAAAAUGGAACAACACAGCAAAAUAAAAUAAAAUGAAUGCGGCGUUGUUAUUUAUUUAAAGCCUUGUAGGUUCAUAACUACAUACAACAGACCAUGACAGAAUCUUCCUUGUAAUUGUGUUUAUUUAGUUCUGGACCUUUCUGAAAAUCACUUUGUGAGAAAGCUUCCUGAAAAUUAAAAAAAGACUUUCCUCCUAUUUAUCUCAUAAGAAAGUUUGUAAAACCUACUUUGUUGAAUUGGUAAAAGUGAUCCAUGAUGUUUUUAUGUUUCGAUAUAGGUAAUGGGAACCAUAUGGUUUAAGAUGGCUUUAAAUGCCCCAAGCGUGGCUAACUGAUUUUAAUGUCAGAAAUUUAGAAACACUUCCAAAAUCUAAAUUCCUAGAGCUACCUGUAAGAUCCUGUGUUGAACAAAUAUCAAACUUGAACUGGGCUAUUUCCCUUCAUCAACUGCUGGUAUUCAAAUUUAUCUCAUUUUGUGAUAUAGAGACGGCUUACAACAGCUGCAAAGAAAGCCAUUGCAAAACUUAAUUCCCGAACUGUUAGCAAGAAGGUAAGUACUAACUACAGCAUCAAUUGGUAGAUAAACCUCACUACAGUACAUAUUAUGGGCUAGUUCAUAUUUAGUUUAGCUAUUUAUUUACUUUACAACUAUAUAAAAAUAUAAAAUGUUAUAUAAAAUAGUAACAAAAUUAUGGUUGGUGUUGUCAACAGGACAUGAAUCCCAUUGCUGCCUCAGACACUGCAUCAUUUUUUUUUACAUUAAGUAUUCUCAUGAAGUUUACAGGCACACAGAGAGUGUUGGAGUGUAUGCAUCAGAUUGCAUUUUUUUUAUGAUUGAAAUUAUUUUUCCUUCAGAAAACACAAAAAAUGCCCACUCUCCAGUGACCAAGUGUCCUUUGCCUUUGUGAAACAUGUUGUUCAGAUUGCAUUUUGUACGAUUGCAGCCCCCCCCGCCAACAUUUCGGGAAAAUUUUUCAUUCCAAAGAGCACCGAGCUGCCCCGGGAAGUCUUUUUUCCAUUUGCAAGUAUGAGAAAUAGCUCCAAUAAAUUUAAAGAGAUGGUCAAGUCUGUUGAGCAAAUCUGCAGUUUGUUUACAUAUUGAAGACACUAUAUUUAUAAAAUAUAAUGCACUUAACUAAUAUUUAACAGCGUUUUGGUUUGCUAUGCUUUUAAGUGAAUGUGGAUUAGUGUUUCAAUUCAAAAUAACACAAAAUGUGGGUAUUAGUUUGACUAAAUCCUGUAAAAAGCAUAACGAAAAAAGAUGAGAAAUUAUCUCCAGGCUCCUCGUACAUAUAUCUCAUUGCUCUCUGCGUGCCUGUGAAUACAAUACUUCAUGUAAACAUUUUGUCUGGCUAGCGCUAUCCAUUUGAAGACAAACCUUGAAACAUAACAGAACAACACAGAAUUAUUAAAACAAGGACAAUAAACUACAGUAUUUAAAAGUUAUUGAAAAAUGACGAACAAUAUAAGAUUGGCAUAAUUGCUACCAAUAUCAUCUGUGCUCAGCACUUGUAAAUAGGUAGACCCAGCAUGGAUCUUUUAAGCAUAUAUGCCAUUUUCACCCACUAUUUUCAUCUGUGGCAAAAAUUAAUUUAGACUUUUAAAAUAAUUUUAAUACAACCAGUCUUGGGUAUUGGUGAUCAAACCACACACAUUGUUAAAGACUCAAUGCGAGUAUGUGGGAGAAUGAUUUAGAAUGGAUUGUAGGACUCAUUAAAUUAUUCUUCAUUUAAAACCAGGAUGAAGAAGAUGGAAUAUCGAACAAUUCUUGUGCAGUCUGUUUGGAGGAAUACAAAUCUGGCGAAACACUUCGUACACUUCCUUGCAAGUAUGUAUUACCAUAAAUUAACAAAAGCCAAGUUAAUUGUGUGGAGAAUUUUAUUUGAAAAGUGUGUGGAGAAGUGAAUCACCAUAACAAGUGACUCCAAAUGUAUGAUAUACAGUAGCUUACUUUUCAAGUCGAAACGUGUUUAAAAAGAAACUGAAUGCCAAAGUUGACUUACUGUAUUUAUUGCCAUUAACACACUGAACACCAGCACUCUCUUCUUGAUGGGUAAACAGUGGCGUAGCAAACUCGAUAAUUGGGGGGGGCACAUAUUCAUAUAUUCGUGUUCUGCCUUAUUAAUUUCUUUUGAAAUCAAUUGUUUUUAAGGUCAGUGAACACGAAUAUAUGAAUAUGUGCCCCCCCAAUUAUCGAGUUUGCUACGCCACUGUGGGUAAAACUGUCUGGCCUUGUGAAAUAAUAAAAUAGGGCAUCUUGGUAAAUGAAAACUAGUUUCAUAUUAAUCUGACACUGCAAUCGAGCAACGAAAAAUUCGUUGGCUCGAGCGGGAUUUGAACUCGCAUCUUCGGGUAUCUAGACCGCCGCUCUACCUAUUGAGCUAUCGAGUCAACAGGGAUUGGUAGCGAGUCUUAUCCAAUUUAAGUGCACGAAUGAGUUUAAACCAUUAUAGUGAUGAAGAAAGCAGUGCUGAUUUUCUUUGUGUUUUGCUCAUGAAUUAAUUACAACACACAUGUACAUUAACGACAUGAUGCAAUUUAUAUUUAUAGCCACGAGUUCCACAAGCAUUGUGUAGAUCCAUGGUUAAUUGAGCACAGAACAUGUCCCAUGUGCAAGACUAAUAUUUUGAAAGAAUUGGGAAUGGUAAGUAAAUGGUAGUGAUCUUUCAUGCUCAUUCUUUUUUGGAAUAUGUUAAUUUGUACACUGUACAGUAUUUUGCAAAAUAACUAUGCACUGAUAUCAAAGUAUAAAUUAAACCUUUGUUGAAAUGACCAUGCACUGAGAUCAAAGUAUAUAACAUUUAAUGUGCUAAUUUCAUUCAUCUGAAGUGUUCUCACAGUAAAACAUAAAAGUUUUAUCAGCUAGCUUCUGGUUUCAUCAACUAAUGCAUUAUGGUUUAUACUAUUGUUUAGUUACAACCAGAAGACGAAAGACUAUCUUCUCAAGAGAAUGAUGUAACUGUGUCUAUUACCCCUAAUGAUCAUAAUAGUGCUUUGCAUAAUGGUGGCUUGGCGGAAGAGCUUGGUGGUGUGCCCAGAGGACAGGUUAAUCAAGGUAUUCUUUCACUUUAUUACGGAAGUUAAUGAGUGUAAAGCCGGUUUUCCACUUCGCCCGUAUCGUAGCGAAACGUACUGGUGAGCAUGCGCAGAUUGAAAAAAGGUUUAUAAAUCCACGUACUUCCGGGUGUAUUCGCGUAUAAUAAAAAGUUCGUCGCAAGUCAACUUUUUGGCGUACUACGAAAGUACUAACCAAUCAACAUUCACGAAAUUUUGAAAUUUAAAAACUUUUUGAUACGUUUCGGUACCGUACGCUUGAAGUGGAAAACCGGCUUAAGUCAUGGCCAUACCUAGACAGUUCCAAGACGGCUUUGAACAGUGACAUGUUGACUGCAAAUUGAACUGCCACCAUAAACUACCAACUUUAACCCCCCUCCAAAUGUAGACCCCAGGGUUUUUUUCAGGAUUUUCUCUUGGGUCCGUUUUUGCAGAGAAGAUUGAGUUUAGCUGAACAGCUGGGGUGGCUGCACCCCCCCCCCCCCCUCCUACGGGGAGCUGACACCUGUACUCAAUAAAUGUAGUUGAGACGGAAUGUGUUAAAGCAGGGGCACUAAGGGACACUAUAAACUGGUUAAAGAUGGCGAAUGCAUAGUUUUUCUUGUGUUGUGAGAUGAAUUCCAGCUAUAUUUUUACUGCACUGAAACUUUGGGGAGAAGAUUGAGUUUCAAAACUCAAUUCAAGAUUGAGUUUUUGGGGCCGUUUAACGGCCCUAAAAAAUCCCUGAAUAAAAAACCCUGAGACCCAUCAGCCAUAGGCGUAUUAUUGAACAAGGAAGGCGCUUUUAUUCGUACUUAUGAGGGAAGCCCUGGGUUGAUAGCUGACAGGUAUUACUCCUUUGGUGUGGUUGAGCACUCUGUGGGGUUAAUGAGUGUCUAUAUGGGUUGUGUUGCCCCAUUGCAACUAGAAGCAGAGCCAAUCAGUGCCAAGCCCUGCUUUGAGACAGAUCACAGUUAGUGAUUUGUUUUCAUUCUGCAGAUAUAGAUAAGGAUUGGGUAUUAUUUUGUUAGUAUAUAGAUAUAGACGUAAAAUGUGUGCGUAAUUUGUACAACGGCCUCUUGGAAAACAGCGUACUUCUAUUUGCUGAAGGGCUACCGUUGUUGUUUUAACAAGAAGCUCAUGAUGGCAAUAAGUGAUGAAAAUAAUCAUGCACAAUUAUUCUGUAUUAAAGCUACUUCAAGUGAAAGAGCAUGCAUUGCAGUUGCUCCAGUGGAAACCACGACAAGUUGUGAGUUGUCUUAUGUUAGAACUGACAAGACAAGGAAUACACCAGGAUCUGCUGUCUAAUGUCUCAUUGGUAGUGUUGUGUAAAUUAGUCAUCAUGGUAGUUCGAGCACAGGUUAACGUUUCAUUCAUGUAAAGGCACAAAGAAAUAAUAAUCCAUUAUAAAUUACCUAGAAAUAAUUUUUGACUCCAUUUGUAGGGGAUUGGUGGUUGAAACUGAAAUGUUUUUUUAAUUCCAAAUUUGAGAUUUGUGUGGAAAUGUUGCCAACAGAGUCAGUCUCUGGAAGAAUGUUGAUAAACAAGUUACUAAGUUGUAACGAUGUUUUUAAACAUGAAUACCUAUAUGGUUGUGCAAAUCAGCAUUAUUCCAUUCAAGUGGCAAAAAGUUGGGCCAACGUAAAUUGAGAGUCCUAAUAUUUUUCCACUGCUGGUUAUAGUAGGAAUUACAAGAUCAAACAGUUUCACGACCUGUUCCCGAAGCAAAAUGUGUAGAAAUCUCUUCAGGAUUACUGAAGCUAUUUUUGUAUGAAGUACUGCACGUUCAACUUAUGUAGGACUGGGUAAGAGUAAGUAAGACAUUUUACCAGUAGAGGUUAAUAGAUUCUCCCUGAAUUUGCUGGCAAUGAAAACUAGAACUUAUUUUAUUUACACCUUGGAUAAUAAUAUAGCGGUUAAUAAUCACGUGUAAAUUGAUUGUAUUUAGGUGGUCAGAAAUCAUUUAAUUGAUACAAUUGUUGUUAAAUGACGUCAUUAAAGCCAGGGGCUGGCCACUGGAUAGUGAUUUUUCAACUGUUGUCAAAAUGCCUCACAAUAAAUACAAAAAUAUUUUCACCAAACUUUCAUCUUGAUUAUUCAACAGUUAAUUUUAGCCAGUUUGAAACAAUCACUAUCCGUCGGAAAACGAUAUCCAAUUCAGAACAAUCUUUCUGCCUUCCAAAAUUAUUCCACAUUGUUUAGUUGUAUUAAGUAGAUAUAUAAUCACUUUUAAUCAACACUCUCUUUAUAUACUAUUGUGUAAAUAGAUCAAAUAAACUUUAAUUUUUUAAAUAAUCGAUUAUAAAGUAGCCACCGACAAUUUCAGAAAAUAGAGGAACAAAUUCUGAAGGCUGAAUAUAUCUUGAAAUUUAAGAUAUGAAUCUGGGAACGAGGUGAAUUUAAUGAAGACGAGUUUUGAAACUGUAAAUUCUGUCUGAUGAUGACUUUGAAAUAAAGUUUCAAAAACUUGUCUUUAUUUAAUUCAUUUCAAAUAUUCAGAAUUUGUUUUUUUCUCUUAGUCAUGUAGCCGUAGGUUAUUAGUCGAUCAUGUAGAUAUCCAAUGUUUCUUUAAUAUAAUUGUGUGUUUAAGAUCUGUCAACAUUACUCAGUUGUGUGUUAUAACAAGAUUAUAUCCUCGAGCUCGACUCUAUUAUUCGUUAUUUUCAAUUCACCAUCUUUAUCGUAAUUUAUUCAGAGCACGCGCAACUAUCGAAAUUUCUGUUCGUGAAUAAAAUUUAUAAAUUUCGAUGUGAACAAUGCGAGUUUAUUGAAAUACAGAGCCUGAAAUUGGCGGGGAAAAAUGUCGAACCAAAGUGAAAUUUGACAGGCAAGUAGUAGAGAGACAGGGUCUUCGCUCGAAACGUCGAAGUUCGGCUUUAUUUUUGAGGUCGUUGUAUCUCAGCUUUCUUGACCUACACUGGCAAAGACCGUUCGAGAUGCAAUAAGGCACAUUUACACCUGCAAUUUUUGCUGCGAUUUUAGAUGCGAUUAACUUCUGAUGGAUGUGAACGAGUGGAUGAGUUAUGGAUGUUCAGAUACAUAUACUGAACAUUCACAAUCACUCUACUCGUUCACAUCCAUUAGAAGAAAAUCGCACGUGCAAACGGGCCUUAUAGAGGAUUCAGAUUCAGGGGGCGUACAAACCAGGGGCACGUUCCCCGGUACAUCCCCCCCCCUCCCAAUUUUUUCAAAAAAUCAAAAGUGCCCUUUUUUGUGAUGAGAAGUCCUUUUUGUACUAAUGUCGCUGAAAAUACUAUAUUAACAUCAAAGGUGCCCUUUUUGUUUGGAAAUUUCCAUGUUUUUAAAACAAAUCUGGUCAAAAAUGUAAUUCGGUAUUGGUAUGACCGCAGAGUAU